AUGGCAUUACCAGCACACUUACAGGAGACUUUUUCCUCCGAAGAAGUACGAUUUUUAGUCGAGAAUGAGCCGAUUAAGAUAUUUCCACGUAUCACAACAAAAACUAUGGCAAGAACUACUAGUAAUAAUACUAAGAGUCACACAAACAACGACAGUUCUACGCGACAUACUCUCAUUACAAUGAAUAAAUUUCCAUUAAAUGAAAUGAUUGCUAUGAAAUCCAUGGAAGUUUCGUUAUGGUUGGCGCUAUUAUUGAAACAGCAGAACAAAUGUAAUAUUAUUAUACCCGAGUGGCUGACAGUAAAUUCUCUGGAUAGAUAUGUGAAGUAUGAAACAAAAUAUAGCGAUAGGUUUAGCUCACUACCUUGGAACUGGCUAGUAUUAUCGAAGAUUCUGUUUGAGAAAGCGUAUGAUGAUUUUAAUGACCCGGUUAACGAAUUACGACAAAGAAUUCAAGACCUCAGAGAACUGAGACAAGUCAAGGUUCUGAAAGGUUUGAGUUAUUUGAACGAAUCUCAUUUACAAUUAGACAAUCUCUCCUUAACUGAAAUUAAUGAAUUAAGACCGUUUAUUGUUGGCACAAUGAAUAAAUUAAGGGAAGUUCAUAGUGCAUCCCUGGACCAUACCGAAACUAACGAGGGCGAGAAUUUAAAUAUCGAUGAAGAUGCUAGCUUUGGAAGUGCAAACUAUGACGGUAGUCGUAUGGUAACAUAG